UUCGCACCUUCCCCCCAGUUUCAUGUGUGCUUAUGCGUCGAUUCCAGUAAAAAAAGUCAAGUUAACAGCCGGUAAUUUGGUGUUGGAGAAUCCUGUACCAACGCGUUAUCUCCAACAUGUGCAACGAAGAGACGCCCGCGAGUUCACCCACAUGCGUUAUACUGCAGCGACGUGCGAUCCUGCCGAUUUUGCGAAACAAAACUACAAGCUACGACAGCAGUUGCUUGGACGCAGUACCACCUUGUUCAUCGUGCUGACAAUGUACAAUGAAGACGAAGUGCUUUUUUGUCGAACGAUGCAUGGCGUCAUGAAGAACAUUAGUCACUUGUGUUCUCGCACCAGGUCGUCCACCUGGGGACCCAACGGUUGGCAAAAGGUUGUGGUGUGUAUUGUAUCAGACGGUCGAGCAAAAAUUCAUCCACGAACGCUAUCAGUGCUGGCAGCCAUGGGCGUGUAUCAGGAAGGUCUUGCCAAAAAUAUCGUGGAAGGAAAACCCGUGACAGCCCAUAUUUAUGAGCACACCACCCAGAUCUCGGUUGAUCCGGAAAUGCAAUUCAAGGGCGCAGACAAAGGCGUGGUUCCUGCACAAAUUCUAUUUUGCCUAAAAGAGAAAAAUCAGAAAAAGAUCAAUUCGCAUCGUUGGUUCUUUCAAGCUUUUGGCCCGCUCAUCAACCCGGAAGUGUGUGUUCUAUUGGACGUCGGAACCAAACCGGGCCACACUUCCAUCUACCAUCUGUGGAAAGCCUUUGAUAUCAAUAAGAAUGUAGCAGGCGCAUGUGGAGAAAUCAAGGCAAUGUUGGGCCCUGGAGGUUCACAACUCUUGAAUCCCUUGGUGGCUUCUCAAAAUUUCGAGUAUAAAAUGUCGAAUAUUCUCGAUAAACCGCUGGAAUCGGUGUUUGGCCACAUCUCAGUAUUACCAGGUGCUUUUUCGGCGUAUCGCUAUGUCGCGUUGCAGAACGAUGCCAAUGGUCAUGGUCCCCUGGAGAAAUAUUUUCUGGGUGAACAAAUGCAUGGCAGCGAUGCCGAUAUCUUUACGGCCAACAUGUACCUUGCUGAGGACCGCAUUCUUUGCUACGAACUGGUAGCCAAAAAGCAUGCCGCUUGGGUCCUGCAUUAUGUAUCAAGUGCUUAUGGUGAAACCGAUGUACCGGACAGCGUUCCAGAGUUUAUUUCUCAGCGACGACGAUGGCUUAAUGGAUCUUUCUUUGCCGGUAUUUAUUCCAUGGUCCACUGGCGAAAGGUCUGGAGCUCCAAGCACAAUAUUCUACGCAAAUUCGCAUUCAUGAUUGAGGAUAUUUAUCAGCUGUACAAUCUUAUUUUCUCCUGGUUUGCCAUUGGCAACUUUUAUCUGAUCUUUUACAUUUUGACCAAUGCGCUAAGUUCCGACGCACUGUCACCCAAACCAUUUUCGCCUUCGAUUGCCGAAAUCCUGCAUGUAGUGCUAAACUACAUUUACGUAAUAUUGCUUAUUGUGCAGUUCAUUAUCGCGAUGGGAAACCGACCGCAAGGCUUCAAAUGGGCGUAUACGAUGAUUAUUCUCUUUUUCGCGCUGUUGAUGGGCUAUAUCCUUUUCUGUACGGUGUGGAUUACCAUUGUGGGAAUCCGCGUAGCAUUCCAGAGCGCCAAAGACGUCGACGAUAAACUGCUAGCUCUGUUACGCCAGAGCGCGUUCCGUGAAAUCAUUGUAUCCAUCUGCUCAACGUACGUCAUGUACUUUGUAGCGAGCAUACUGUUCCUCGAUCCGUGGCAUAUGUUCACGAGUUUAUUACCGUACAUAUUCAUGUCACCAAGUUAUACGAAUGUGCUCAAUAUUUACGCAUUCUGUAACACGCACGAUGUCUCCUGGGGAACCAAAGGUGAUAACUCUGUUAGUACGGAUCUUGGUGUGGUGAAAGCCAAAAAGGACGAGAAUGGAGAUCAUGCGGUAGAAGUGGAACUGCCGACCGAACAAAAGGAUUUGAACGAGCAGUACGAGGAAGCAUGCCUUGAUCUGAGGAAAAUUGUCCAAGAACCUGUGGUCCAUCGAGAUGCGAAAACGAAGCAAGAAGAUUACUAUCGAUCUUUCCGUACACGACUUGUUUUGGCAUGGAUUAUCACCAAUUUGGCCUUGGUUGCGGUGGUAACCAACACCCAUGAGUUGAUUUGGCUCGGAAGUUAUGAGGAACGCACAAAUUUCUAUCUUGGGAUCAUCUUGUGGUCGGUAGCUGGUCUAGCCGCUGUUCGUUUCUUGGGAGCUGUUCUAUACUUGAUUAUGAAGAUAUUCACUGGAUGAAAAGAGUUGCGAAGAUUUAAACAGUAACAACUAAAUUUUUUA